GGCUGCAUGUGAUGCCCCCUGUACGUGUUCCUCUGGGAGGGGAAACAGGAUAGAUAGGUUGAAAACUUUGUUAAGCCUGUAGUCUGUCAGACUGCUCUAAUACAGUUAGAGCACUGGUAGGCUAUAUCUCAUUAAUCGGUAUACAUACACUGUACAGUAGAAGUCUACUUUGCCUGAUCGAAAGACUAUCUUGACAGUUGAAGGAAGGCGAGACACGAAGACAAGACACGCGUGCUGUGAGAGAAGGGAGCGGAGCGAGAAGAGACCAUCUAUGAAUGCUCACAAGUGUGCCCCUCGUCUAAAAGGAAGUGACAGAACUAUAAACUACGUUUAAAGGACCGAAACAGAUAUGGUGGACACUCAGAUGCCCGCUUGGCCCAUGAGUUUCGGGUUGAGCCCCAUGGACCUGCCCGGGUUGGAUGACAGCUCCCACUCUUUUGACAUGAAGCCCUUCUCCACCCUGGACUACACCAGCCUCACUGGCUUGGGUUACGACACCAGCCCUCCCCAGAGCGAAGACUUGACGCACAUGGACUGCAUGUACAGUUUCAAAUCACAAGAGAGCCAAAGUACAAUAAAACUGGAGCCAGAAUCUCCACCACAGUAUUCAGACAGCAGUCCAUCAUAUUCCAAACUGCACGAUGACUCGUCCACCUCAAUGCUAAACAUUGAGUGUCGCGUGUGUGGAGACAAGGCUUCAGGUUUCCACUACGGAGUCCACGCAUGUGAGGGUUGUAAGGGAUUCUUUCGAAGGACCAUACGGUUAAAGCUGGUUUAUGACCGCUGUGAUCUGCACUGUCGAAUUCACAAAAAGAGCAGGAACAAAUGCCAAUACUGCCGCUUCCAGAAGUGCCUGAUAGUGGGAAUGUCACAUAACGCCAUUCGCUUUGGCCGAAUGCCUCAGGCUGAGAAGGAGAAGCUGCUGGCAGAAUUCUCCACUGACCUGGAUCACAUGCACCCAGAGUCUGCAGACCUGCGCACCCUCGCCAAGCACCUAUUUGAGUCCUAUGUGAAGUAUUUCCCCCUGACCAAGGCCAAGGCCCGGGCCAUUCUCUCUGGGAAGACUGGGGACAGUGCCCCCUUUGUCAUCCAUGAUAUGAAGUCUUUGACUGAAGGGGAGCAAUUCAUAAAUUGCAAGCAGAUGCCGCUGCCAGACCAGAGGCCCGAGGUGGGUGUGGGCUUGAGCCUGGUGCAGGAGUCAGCAGACGAGGUGGAGCUACGCUUCUUCCACAGGUGCCAGUUCCGCUCGGCGGAGGCCGUGCGAGAGGUGACCGAGUUUGCCAAGAGCAUCCCAGGGUUCGUGGGUCUGGACCUGAACGACCAGGUGACACUGCUCAAGUACGGGGUCAUUGAGGUGCUGAUCAUCAUGAUGGCACCGCUCAUGAACAAGGAUGGCACGCUCAUCUCCUACGGCCAGAUCUUCAUGACCAGGGAGUUCCUGAAGAGCUUGCGCAAGCCCUUCUGUGAGAUGAUGGAGCCCAAGUUUGAGUUUUCAGUCAAGUUCAACAUGCUGGAGUUGGACGAUACUGAUAUGGCGCUCUUCCUCGCUGUCAUUAUCCUCAGUGGAGAUCGACCUGGGCUGCUCAAUGUGAAGCCCAUUGAGGACCUCCAGGAGACAGUGCUCCAUGCCCUGGAGCUCCAGCUGAAGAUGAACCACCCCGACUCCCUCCAGCUUUUUGCCAAGGUGCUACAGAAGAUGACAGACCUCCGGCAGCUUGUCACAGACCAUGUGCACCUGAUCCAACUGCUGAAGAAGACAGAGACUGACAUGUGCUUACAUCCGCUGCUGCAGGAGAUCAUGAAGGAUCUGUACUAGGCUUUGGGCUUGUCCCUGCUCCACCUUCAUGUUACAAGCUACUUCACACAGCACCUUCCUAAGGUGUGCCAUAGUAACGUUACUGUACUGUGCAACAACUGUCGACAUAAGCUGAGGGCCAGAUUCAGUCUAAUCGCUAUGAGCAGUGGAGCAGUCUUUUAAAACGUGUAGCAGGUGUAAAUGCAGUCAAAGGCAAGAGGUAAUUUAAUAUGGUUUGAAGUCAAAUUAAAGUGAUUGCAGAAAUGUCUAGUGAAAAUGUUACCUGUCAUUAACUUUGAAUAUUAAAUUAAGCAUGAUUUGCAUAUUAUAUUACUUACACAUAGCAUACGUUUCCAUUGAUUUCCAUGGCAGCAGUUUGUAAUGUGCAUAAUCUAGGUUUUCAAAGUCAAGGACAAUGCAUAGCCUUGUUAGACUGAAUCUGGGCCUGAGUUUUCAGGUAUUUAUCUCUAUUCUCAUAAAGGUGAUGCCUAUCGUCUCAUAUGGGGACAGUAAUGCAUUUAGCUGAGGGAGUGUGAUUUAGAUUGCACCUUGAAUAAGCAGAGAGAAAUGAAAUGACAGGUUUUUUUUUUUUAUUGGCCUACAAGGGAGAAAAUAUCUGUGAAUAUUGAACACCAGUAAAAGAUUGUUAUGAAUAUAUUUUCUGUCCGAUUAUAUAAAAUAAAACUAAUAAUGUCCAUAUAAACAACAUAUUUUUGUUUAUAGAAGUGUCAUACACACGGUUUCAGAAAGGGAAUGUGCAGAUACCUUUAAGUCUGGAGUUUAAUAAAAGUGUUUAAUGCAGGUCUAUGUGAAAACAAAUUUACAUUCAAAUUUAUUUCAUUUGACGUGCAUUCAUCAUUGGCAAAAAAUGUAUAACAAAGCCUUCAUUUUGCUCACUUUGCUAAACAAGCACAAAUUAUACAGGAAAACAGUGAUUUUUCUAUGAUUGUGAAGUUAUUUGUUUUUAUUUUUCAUAUUUCUUAAAUAAUGGAUAUUUGUUCAUAAACAUUCCAGCUGCCCAGUGGGUAUCUGACUCUGGUCGGUGUGUGAGUGUAAACUAGAAAGCUCUGCCUCACACAAUCUAGGCCUACUCUACUUUUUCUUUUAUAAUGAAGUUUUAUAAAGAGUUUUUUCCCUCUUAAAUUUACAUGUUCUUCAUUGCUUAGCUCAUGAGAUGUUUGGAGGGUAUGGAUAGACAUGACCUGCCUCAAAAAUUUUGGUGCCAUAUCCUUGCAUUUUGCAAAGAGUUUGUAUUCUCAGAAGUCAAAUGAAACCAUUGUCACAGUAUUUCUAAAUUACUGAAUUUGAUUUAUUUUCAAUUAAGCAGUUCUUUAAAUGUAAAUAAAUGUUUUUUAAAACA